GUGUCCCUGAGACCCCGCCCUAGACUCCUCCUCUUUGGCCCCUUGUGACAAGUGCUGCAGCUUUAGUCCGUGAGACUAAGCGGUCUCUGACUCGGCUUGUCCAAGUCCCACCACCGUCACCAUGCCACGCGGGAGCCGAAGCGCGGCCGCCCGGCCAGCCAGUCGCCCAGCAGCACCUUCUGCCCAUCCACCUGCACACCCACCGCCCUCAGCAGCCACCCCGAUUCCUGCCCCCUCGGGCCAGCCAGGUCUCAUGGCACAGAUGGCGUCCACGGCCGCUGGGGUAGCGGUGGGCUCCGCCGUGGGACAUGUCAUGGGCAGUGCCCUGACUGGAGCAUUCAGUGGAGGAAGCUCGGAGCCUGCCCAGCCUGCUGUCCAGCAGGCCCCUACCCGUGCUGCCCCACUACAGAUGGGGCCCUGCUCCUAUGAGAUCAAGCAAUUUCUGGACUGCUCGACCACUCAGAGUGACCUGUCCCUGUGUGAGGGCUUCAGUGAGGCCCUGAAGCAGUGCAAGUACAACCAUGGUCUGAGCUCUCUGCCCUGAAGAUGUUGGUGCAGACUCAUUGGCCAGCUCUGAGAUGACUCCUGAUUCAUAAUCCUGCACCCACCCCAUCCUCUCACCGACAGCUGGACCAUGAUGACAGAUUGUACCUGGGAUUGGGAGUAAGAAGGGGGUUUCUUUCCCCAUAGAUAACUCAAGACACAAAUGUGCAAUUAAAGAGUUUAUUUUAGACCACA